AAAAUCUAAACAACAGUCGGUCGAUAACACGUGUUUUUUAAUUCUUAUUAAUUUUUAAUUUUUAAUUCAUAAUAUUAAUACUUGUUAUUCCUACUGCUUAGAUAUUAUAAUGGGUAAAAAACGUAGGCGUACUGACGAAGAUACCGAAUUUGAUUUGACCAGAAAAGCCAAAGAAGUAAAGGACGACAAUGAAAAACGUCUAAUUGUUGUUUUAGAAAACGCUCAGUUGGAAACUGUUAAAGUAGGAAAGUCUUUUGAACUAUUAAACCCCGACGAACACUCACAUAUAUUACGAAAACACGGGCGUGAGAUAGGAAAUUGUAGACCUGACAUUUCUCAUCAAUGUCUAUUGAUGUUAUUCGACAGUCCCCUAAAUCGUGCCGGCCUACUUCAAGUGUACAUUCACACAGAAAAUAAUGUUCUUAUUGAAAUCAAUCCACAAACACGGAUCCCUAGAACAUUUAAACGUUUCGCUGGACUAAUGGUUCAGCUAUUACAUAAAUUUAGUGUAAGAGCAGCCGAAACAUCUGCCAAAUUAAUGAAGGUAAUAAAAAAUCCGAUCACCGAUCAUUUACCUGCAGGUUGUCGAAAAGUGGCAACAUCAUUUUCAGCUGAAAACCCUAUUAAGCCAUCUGAACUUGUUCCUCAAGAUGCUCCAAUUGCUUUUGUUGUUGGUGCAAUGGCUCAUGGACAGAUUAAAGCAGACUAUGCCGAACAAACGGUAGCAAUAAGUAACUAUCCACUAUCAGCCGCAUUAACAUGCACUAAGAUAUGUUCAGCUUUUGAAGACAGUUGGGGUAUAUUGUAAGAUUGUACAUGUGAUCACUUUUUUUUUCUUAAUAAAUUGUUUUGUAUUAAUAUGUCUAACCUAACCUUCCAACUUAAAGUGAAGAAUUUUAAAAAUAAAUACAAUUUGAAAAUAGUUAUAAAAACAAAAUAUUUUAAUAUACUGAACUACUCUGUGCUAGGGGAGAUAUUACCAGGACCAGACCAAAAUUCAUCCGAAUCCACACAUUCCCCACUCUACAACAACGGUUUGUUAAGAGGACGUUACAGUGAUAUUUGUUGUCUCCAUCUUACAAGUGUGUUAAAUAGCAAAUUUUAUACUCAACAGAUCAAGUUUAGCUCUGUUAGUUUAAAAAUUAGAGCGAAUUCACAUCUUAUAAAAUUUAAAGGUAAGAUUAUUAUCCCGGCAAUAAUAUAGGCUUUUUAUUUUAAAGCGAUUUAUGAGUAUUUUAAGAUGUACAAAUAAUUUACAAUUUUAAAAUGAUAAAUGUGAUUUGUUGAGCGUAAAAUUUGUUAUGUUACUCACUUGUAAGAUAGAGACAACAAAUGUCACUGUAACAUCCCUUUAAUGUUCGGUAUGUUUGGCCACACUCGACGCUAUAAUUUUGAUAUAAUAUACAUCCUAUACCGUCACGCCAUAGUAGGGGAAAUUGUGCCUCGUUUCGGUCGCUGCCAUCAGUCUGCAUAGAAAUCUAUUUUAAGUAUAUUAUAUUGUGUAAUCAUUUUCAAACAUAUUAAUUUUAAUAGUCUUAUGUAAGCUGUGGGAUUUAAAUAGAUUUAAUUUUGUAGAUAGUUGGCAAGUAUAUAAUUUCAUAAAAUAUUUUAAUCGCCCUAAUAUUGUGUUA